AAUCACUUGCUUCAAGCUUGGGCCAGCUGGUCCAUCUGGGUUGAAGCCUGGGUGCUGCUGAUGCUGGAGCUAGUAGUAGAGUGGGGAAUACAACAGCCCAAGUUACAAGACCUCACCAGCCGCUAUUCCAGUCUCUCUGAGUAGCUGAAGUGUUGUUUCAUUAUGGGGGUCACUUUCACCCAAGCAAAGCUAACUCAGGUGCACUAAUUCCAGCUAACUUCUGGACUAAAGACAAGCCAUUAGGAGAUCAACCAGUCAACGGACAAAAGAAUAGCCAAAAAAAAGUAAGAACAACUAGUCUGCAAACAACCCAGGAGCUGAAAAGCCAAACAGAAGUACAGUCACCAAAAAAAAAUCAGGUUUGAUUCCCAAAUGAUUCGCUAAUCAAAAAGAAAAAAAACGGGACUACAUACAAAUGAUUAUUUUUUGUGGGGUUGGAGCAACAACAGCUUUGACCAGCUCUGUCAAAGACACUGAAUAUCAAAUGGGAACUACACUAAGGCAACAAGGAGGGUAAAUACUGCCAAACCCCACCCCCUCUGACUGCAGAAUCAGGAGAUGACUAUCACCCUUACGCUUUAUCGCGUAUUACUUUCUUCGUGCUGAUUCACAAAGGGAUGUCUUUGUAUUACAAGUCAGGAAGGCCUCCUGGAGAUUCAGUCUUCUGUGUCUGCCUGAGGUCCACCAGGAGCCACAUUCAUUCUCUACCAUUUGAGUAAUGGGCAGCGGAUCAGCAUCCUCAUUGCACCAUCCACCAGUACCUGGCAGCAGACAGGAAAGCUAAUGAUCCAACCAGCGAGCUGAAUUCUAUGAGCACCAGCUCAACGAAUCCCGGCACUGUCAUCACCGACAACCCCAACGUGCAGUCCUGUGACUUCUAUGUCAUUGGUCCAGCUCUAUGCGUGUUACAACUUAACGUGGAGGGUUUGUCGGCUGCCCAGUAUGAUUUACUCAGUGUUCUUGCUCAUCAACAUACUAUCAACAUCAUUUGCUUGCAAGAGACAUACGUGGCAACUGCCGAAGCUGGGGGUUACAGUAUUGACGGCUUCGACCUGUUGUGCCAUGUGGCACACCCAAAGUAUGGUCGAGCCACAUACGUUCAGUCUGAUAUUGCAGAUGCCAUUCAGCUGAUGUCUACUGAAUUCUGCGACACCAUCCAGGUUUGCGAUUUCUGGCUGGCAAAUGUUUACAUGCCUCCAAGCAUCAGCUGGAACCAACAGGUUUUACCAAGCCUGCUACACCCAGAUGUCUACAUCAGAGACUUCAACAGCCAUCACACAGACUGGGGGUAUAAGGAUGGUGAACAACUUGCAGACUGGGCAUCUCAAAAUGACCUCGCCCUUAUCCAUGAUGCUAAGCAGCAAGGCACAUUCCAUUCUUCUAGAUGGGAUCAUGACUACUCUCCUGACUUGUGCUGGGUCAGUUCAGUUCAUGGCCAUCCUCAGCGACAUGCUUGCAAGACAUGGACAUUACGAGGCCUUCUGCCUUUGAAUUGAAAUGGUACAUGUGAUUGCUGCAUGCUAGGUGUACCAUGCACAUGCCUAAUGAAAAGGUAAUUGCCUGAAUAUAUGGCAUAACUGGAGUGAUACCUGAUAUCAUCAAGAUGAUCAGAGGAAAGCUUGAGUUUGCAGGACAUGUGGGUGGGAUGAGUGGAGGAAGAUCACCAAAGAAAGUUUUGCAGGGACUGGUGCCAGGUGCCCGGGGGCACCCGCAGUGAGUGUGGUUUGAUGAUGUGGCCGAUUGAUGGGAUGCAGGGUGGCAUGUUUAUCAAGGCUGAAAAACAUGGAGGAAGACUUCUGGCCAAUGACUCCCAUGUGUUGUAUUUACUGUUCACCAUGGUAUGACUUUAUGUUCUUCUGCACUAUGAGAACAAUAAUAAUAAGUACUGAUACAUAAACAUAAAACUGGAUGCUGUACCUAGAACAUAUUUGUGAUUCAACAAGAUGACCUUCUUAUUGACUGAAAAGGGGCAUAUCAGGAGCUAAUGAAAUUAUAAAAUUACAUGCCUUUAAAUUAACAAUGGCAUCUUUCCAAACAUACCAUGUUUGUGCUGCAUCAUCUGAGGCACCUAAGAUUAUGUACUAAGCAUGCUGCAAAUUAAUAUAACGGAAAAGGCCAUUGCAUUGUGGUCUCUUCGUGUUUACUGAUUUCAUAACUCCAGCUGGACUGCUUUUGGCAAGAUAUCUGAUUUUUAUGAGGAGAAAAAGCUAUAAAUCUGCCAUCGCAAGAGGUCAUCAUAGACUAUGUGGCAUGUUCAUGAGCUUGCCAGCAUGCUCCAGUUUUUCACAGAGGUCUUAGCCAUAAAACUGCCAUCUAGGAAAAUCACGUAUGAAACCAAAAUUGAACCUCUAACGGCAAAACAUCCCUUUGAAAUCUCUUCCUCUUCCAGCUCCUUCCCAGCCCCAAAAGCUAUGGACAGACAGCGAAGGGUAAAGUGAAUGGGGUAUUCUUCAAAGCCACAUAAUCAACAUCCAAGAGCAAAAUG